AUGCUAAAAGUAUUAAUCCCUACAAUAAUGCUAUUCCCCACAAUUUGACUAACCUCCCCCAAAUGACUGUGAACAACCACAACCGCACACAGUCUCUUAAUCGCCUCCGCUAGCCUAACAUGACUAAAGUGGACCUCAGAAGCUGGAUGAGCCUUCUCCAACAUAUACCUGGCCACAGACCCCCUAUCAACACCUCUUUUAGUAUUAACAUGCUGACUCCUCCCACUUAUAAUUCUAGCCAGCCAAAAUCACAUCAACCCUGAACCAGUUGGCCGACAACGCUCUUAUAUUACACUUCUCGCUUUACUACAGACCUUUCUAAUUAUAGCAUUUGGUGCCACAGAAAUCAUUAUAUUUUAUAUCAUAUUCGAGGCCACACUUAUCCCGACCCUUAUUAUUAUUACCCGCUGAGGAAAUCAAGCCGAACGACUCAAUGCAGGGACCUACUUCCUAUUUUACACCCUAGCAGGGUCGCUCCCACUACUAGUCGCCCUACUUCUUCUCCAACAAUCUACGGGAACCCUAUCAAUACUAGUACUCCAAUACUCACAGCCUCUCCAACUCAGCUCCUGAGGACACAUGGCUUGAUGAGCUGGCUGCCUAGUCGCAUUCUUAGUCAAAAUACCGCUAUACGGGGUCCACCUGUGACUACCAAAAGCACACGUAGAGGCCCCCGUAGCAGGCUCAAUAGUGCUAGCAGCCGUUUUACUAAAACUUGGCGGGUACGGGAUAAUACGAAUAAUAGUAACAUUGGACCCCCUAUCAAAAGAACUAGCCUACCCAUUUAUUAUUCUAGCCCUUUGGGGGAUUAUUAUAACAGGGUCAAUUUGCCUUCGACAAACAGACCUAAAAUCACUAAUUGCUUACUCAUCUGUAAGCCACAUGGGGUUGGUAGCAGGGGGAGUUCUAAUUCAAACCCCAUGAGGAUUUUCAGGUGCAAUUAUCUUAAUAAUUGCUCACGGACUAGCAUCCUCAGCACUAUUCUGCUUAGCCAAUACAGCAUAUGAACGAACCCACAGCCGAACAAUAAUACUCGCCCGAGGACUACAAAUGAUUUUUCCACUGACCGCAGUAUGAUGACUCGCCGCCAAUCUAGCCAACUUAGCACUCCCCCCACUACCCAAUCUUAUAGGGGAACUCAUAAUUAUUACAACACUAUUUAAUUGAUCCCCAUGAACAAUCUUACUCACUGGCCUAGGGGCAUUAAUCACAGCUAGUUAUUCCCUCUACAUAUUUCUUAUAUCACAACGAGGCCCUACACCCAACCACAUCAUAGGGCUUCAACCCUUCCACACCCGAGAACACCUAUUAAUAACCCUACACCUAAUCCCCAUUAUCCUACUAAUAACAAAACCAGAGCUCAUGUGGGGAUGAUGUUACU